CAGGAGGAAGUGAAAGUAAUGGCAGAAAAUAAUGUCAUAUUGUAAGGAGUGAAAAUACAGCAAGUUUCAUAAUUUGUGUUUAAAGGAAUCUAUACAUUUUCUGAAACAAAAACCAGUGAAAGUAAGGGUCUUGAACUUUUUAAAUGGUAAUAUGGCCUCCGGAGAGAGUCACUCUGCAGAGAGGAACACAAAGACAACAGAAAGUAAAUUCAGUAUUGGAGAUGAAGGUUGGGCUGCUCUUGCUUCAGCUCUGAGAAACCCCUCACACCUGAGAGAACUCAGUCUGAACAAUAAUAAACCAGGAGAUUCAGAAGUGAAGCUGCUCUCUGACCUACUGAAGGAUCCACUCUGUAAACUGGAGAAACUACAUCUGUCUGGCUGCAGUAUUGGAGAGGAAGGUUGUGCUGCUCUGGCUUCAGCUCUGAGAUCAAACUCUUCACACCUGAGAGAACUCAAUCUGAACUAUAAUAAGCCAGGAGUUUCAGGAGUGAUGAUGCUCUCCGAUUUUCUGAAAGAUCCACAAUUUAAACUGGAGAUACUACAACUGUGGAACUGCAGUAUUGGAGAGGAAGGUUGUGCUGCUCUGGCUUCAGCUCUGAGAUCAAACCCCUCACACCUGAGAGAACUCAAUUUGAACUAUAAUAAACCAGGAGAUUCAGGAGUGAAGAUGCUCUCUGAUCUACUGAAGGAUCCACUCUGUAAACUGGAGAAUCUACAACUUUAUGACUGUAGAAUUGGAGAGGAGGGUUGUGCUGCUCUGGCUUCAGCUCUGACAUCAAACCCCUCAAACCUGAGAGAACUCAAUCUGAACUGUAAUAAACCAGGAGAUUCAGGAGUGAAGAUGCUCUCUGAUCUACUGAAGGAUCCACUCUGUAAAUUGGAGAAACUUGAGCUGUAUGACUGCAGUAUUGGAGAGGAAGGUUGUGCUGCUUUGGCUUCAGCUCUAAGAUCGAACCCCUCACACCUGAGAGAACUCAAUCUGAACAAUAAUAAACCAGGAGAUCCAGGAGUAAAGCUGCUCUCUGAUCUACUGAAGGAUCCACUCUGUAAAUUGGAGAAACUUGAACUGAAUGACUGCAGUAUUGGAGAGGAAGGUUGCAUUGCUUUGGCUUCAGCUCUGAGAUCAAACCCCUCACACCUGAAAGAACUCAGUCUGGGCUGCAAUAAACUUGGAGAUUUUGGAUUGAAGCUGCUCUCUGUUCCAAUAAAGGAUCCACACUUUAAACUGCAGAAACUACAGCUGUUUAAUUGCAGUAUUGGAGAGGAAGGUUGUGCUGCUCUGGCUUCAGCUCUGAGAUCAAACCCCUCACACCUGAGAGAACUCAAUCUGAACUAUAAUGAACCAGGAGAUUCAGGAGUGAUGAUGCUCUCUGAUCUACUGAAGGAUUCAAACUGUCAACUAGAGAAACUAUUGCUGUUUGACUGCAGAAUUAAAAAGGCGGGUUGUGCUGCUCUGGCUUCAGCUUUAAGAUCAAACCCCUCUCACCUGAGAUAUCUGGAUCUGAAAAAAAAUCAACCAGGAGGUUCAGGAGUGAAGCUGCUCUCUGAUCUACUAAAGAAUGCACACUGUAAACUGGAGACACUACGGGUUUGACUGGAGUCUUCCGAAACAAUUACAAAAGCUUUUGAACACUACAAUGAUGAAUGGCCUCUAUAAUAAACUAUUGCCACAUACUGGUCAAACAGCAGCAGUGACCUGGCACAACUUAACAUGAGCAUUCACUUUAACAUAUGAAGUUAGUGGUUCUGAUUCUUUCACAGCUGAUCCAGUAUGACAUCAGUUUAACUCUCUUUCUCAGCUGCUCCUAUUCAAACUCUUCUGAGUUCUGCGGACAUUCAUUACCUGCAACACAGCUAAUUCAUUAUCACUCACUCAAACACACAUCUAAUACAUUCAUACAAUGGAGCUGUUCACCAAACAACAAAUUACUGCUCUUUAACAUUGAUUUGAACUUUUGCUAUUUACAGGAAUGAUUGAGAUAUGAGUGUUUGAUUUAUUAUUAAUACAUACAAAUGUAAAGUAUUAAACAAUAUCUAAAAUUAUGUUUAGUUAUAUUUAAAUGUGACUUUUUUAAAGCUAGACUAUUUUACAAUCCAAGCUCUAUAUGGAGAGACAAGUAAGACAUUGUUAUAAUAUUGUCACCUCUGUACUCGUAGUCUGAAAUAUUCCAGGUCAUUCAGUUUAGCAACCAUUAAUGCUUAGUUAAGGUCUAACUAUAACAUAAUUAGGGACUGUCACUAUCGAUUAUUUUUGUAAUUGAGUAAUCAACGAUUAUUCUUUCAGUCAGUUAAUCGAGUAAUCAGAAAACUUUAUUAAAGAUUGCAUACAUUUGUCGAGGUGGUCACGUUUGGCUAAAAUUCAUUCAUUAGCCUAAGUUAUGAUAUGAUUGAAUAACAACAACAAAACGAUUAUGCAAUCCAUGUUUCAUCCAGGUGUCUAAUCUCAGCCAGCCUGUUCUUGUUGUUCCUGGUCCACAGAGAUGUUAGUAAUGUGGUCUUUCUCUCUCUCUUCUCAAAAAAUAAAAAUACAAAUAAUAAUACAAAUAAUAAUUAAAUUAAAAAGGGAUGAUUAUUGAAAUAUAUAAAUAUUAUAAUGAUAAUAAUUACAAUGAUGCCACUUAUAAUAGUAAUGAUAAUAAUAAAGAAUCAUAGAAAAAUAAGUAUGAAUGUAGAAAUGUAGGUCUCAUAAUUUCUCAGAAAACAGUGUCUCAUAAUUUUAAAGAGAGUUGAGAAUAUCGAUAAAUUCUAAUCCCAAUGUGUCAUUUUCAUUAUCUAUGUGAAUGUUGAAGUCACCAACAAUUAAAGCUCUAUCUACAGUAACAAUUAGAUCUGAUAGAAAAUUUGCAAAUUCACCAAGGAAAUCAGAUUAUGGCCCGGGUGAUCUGUCUAUAUUGUAGCAAGGGCAAAAGACGACAGAGAUUUUUUAUUUAGAUCUGACAGUGUUACAUUAAGCAUUAUUACUUCAAAAGACUUAAACUUAUAUCCUGUCCUCUGAGUAACACCAAAAACUUCACUGUAAAUUGUAGCAACUCCUCCUCCUCGACCCUUCAGACGAGGCUCAUGUUUAUAACAAUAAACUGGGGGAGUAGAUUCUGAGCAUGUCAAAAGUAACAUUAAAGAUAAAGUAUGUAUUUUUUUCUGUGUUAAUAUAUUUUAACUUAUCCCAACUUACUUUGCUGAGACAACUACAAAUAAGCCAUUUGUAGGUUAAUUUUCUUUUAAAAACUGUAAACACUGUGUCUCAUAGGCACUCAAAAAAUUCCUCUGUUUCUUUUAAACGGUUUGUCCAUACAGACACAAUAACAUUGACUCGACCAAUAGCGUGGGUUGGGGGCGGGACUAUCUCUUUGUUUGACCAGUGGCAGAGACGGGGUGUAUUCAGAAAGCUUUACGUUUUUUGUUUUUUUUGCAAUUCUGUUCGGUGGUGCUAAUGUCGCAGAAAUUAUAUACUUCAGCUUUACAGUUUUCUCAGUCGAUUUCAUAAAUUUCUCCAAACUAUAAUCAGUGCUCUCAAAACAAUUCACACAGCCGACGAAACAGACACUCAGUUUUGCAAAACAAUUCAAUUUCAUUGAAUAAUGAAGCAACAUAUUCUUUCCUGAUAAUGCAUUUAUUAAAACUAAAUACUAACAUCAAAACUAUAGAUGUGUUCUCUAUUGAAUUCAUAACAUUUUCAGCUAUCGACAUGCAACUCUAUGAUUGAAAUAACACAUUUAUCAUAAAAAUCCUCAAUAAAGACCUUUUUCCAUCUGUUUUCAUAAAAUGCCUCUAAAUUUCUUGUUUCCUGAAGGAUGAUGAAGUUUACUGUUAAACCCCCCACCCCCCCACAAAAAUAGCAGUCUUGUUAAAUUGUAUGGACCUGAGGCAGCACUAUAAGCACAGAUGGUACAGUAAUUGUGGACAUUGAUUGACUGGCAUGCAGAGGAAUGGCAUUUCUCCUCUUCUUUUUUGUUGAGAUUGAAGUCACUGUAGAUCUGCUCACAUUAGGCUAAACACUUUGUGUGUCUCAGGGAGACCGUGAUUCAUAAUAUGAUAAAUUAGAGGAACUAUCAGAUCAUUCGAGCCUCUUCUGUGUCUUCUUUACUCUUCCACCUUGCUGUCCUCUUUCUCUCUGUUCACCAUCAUUACACCAUCUCCAUUUGAUCUUUCCUCAACUCUUUCAAUGCUCACCCCUGAAAGAGUUGAGAAAACCUUCCCCUUUUCUCAUCUCUUCUUCCUCCUAUUUUCUCUUCCUUUACCCACUCUACCUCUUCUAAUUUUGCACCUCUUCUUUGUUGUUCUUCCUCUUCUUCUUCUUCCUCAUUGUUUGUUUGCUCUGAAUUUUCAUAUUUGACCCCUUUUAUAGAUAGCAAAGUCAUGAUAGUUGUGAAAAUUUUAGUAAAUUGCAUUUUCUUUGCUGUGUGCAUGACUAACACGGCAGAUAUCAAUAUGAAGGCAUUUGACAACCUGACGUGCGUUUGAGAAUAUGACUUUAAUUUAGUUGUCUGUGAUAACUGUUUUAAAAGCAUGAAUUUUAGAUCAGAGAAAUUUGUAUGUGGUGUUUCGAGAAAAUGAGGAAAAUCAAGAAAAAUCAAGAUCUGUUUAGGACAAUUACAAAGAGUUCAGAUGGCUGUGUUAAUUGUAUUGAAAGCAGUGACCUGAGUUUAGAGAAAUGUGUAAAAUCGAUUGAGAAAAACUGUAACUAAGAUACUAUAUCAUACACAUUUUCCACUUUUAGAAAUGUCUAUGUUAUUAUAUAUAUAUAUAUUAUUAUUAUUAUUAUUAUUAUAUAUUAUUUGGUAGAUUUCACAGUGGAGCUGUCUGUCACCCAACUUUGACCACAUUUAUAUCCAUAUCACCGAAUAAGGUAAUUAUCUGGUUAAGCCUUUAUUCCAAGAAAAAGUUUGAAUGCUCCGUAGAGUGUAUCUAUAUUCAGAAUAUUCCUAUACACAUGUCUACAGAUAAACUAAAGCAUGCUUGUUCUUUUACCGCUAUUCUCAUCUGGAAAUACUGGAGAGUCUCGCUCUUGCCAUUUAUUCCACUGCAUUUUACUAAUUCUGCUAAAUUCUGGGAAACAAAUAAAGAUGUCCUCCACAUUAUGUUAUAAUAUGUGUGCAUAAAAUCAGCAUUGAGUGUAUUGUAAAACUUUCUGAUAGAUUUAAGGUGCUUUCACCUUUUUGUAGGCUACAUUGAUUUAUUCUCAUUUCUUGUAAAGGUGCACUAAGUAACUUUUUGCUAAUUAAAAAUGUUUUACACAAAGACAUGGAUAGAAUUUUUUUUAUUUUAAAUAUGUGGAAAAUGAUGUACACACAAUAGAUGAAGACUUUAGUCAUAUCAGAAACCCAAUAAAAGCUGUAUAACUUUAUAUGGAGCGGGUUGCACCCUCAUGGGCACUGCCAUGUUGAAAACACAUGUCAACCUGUGUCAUGCAAUUGACUGAGUUCCAUCCACUAAUAAUGACAAUAAUAAUAACUUUCUUACUAUACAGUAUAUAGCACUUUCAGACAAUGCUCAAACAUAAAAGUACAAAAGUACAAACACAAUAAACUUAGUACAGUAAAACAACGGAGCCCAAGUCAACAGUAUAGUCCAGAGUGAUGGUAUGGUAUUGAUAAACAAGAGUGUGAUCCACUAUACAGUCUGAACAGAAUGAGUGCAAGUGGAAAGAAUAAAUGUCCAAAUAAGAGUGAUGAGACACACCGCUACUACUUGUGGCUCUGGGUGAGGAUCACGGAUAAACGCACAAUAUCAAAGGCCAAGCGCAAGCACAAUACUGUCCCGGUCACAGUCUAGAGCCCAAUAACAUGCAAAAAUUUGUUUGGAUUAAAUCCAAGAAUGUCCAUUACGGGGAUGUGUGUAGAGACGAGAGAAAAACAGAGUCUUCACAUCUUCGGGGUAAAGUGGCAGCACUUAGUAAACAAACUUCUAGUAAAAUCAGAUGAAAGUUUUUUUCCUUUUCUUGACAAUGUGGAUGAAGAGGGAGAGCAAUCAAUGGUUAACACACAUGUUCAGCUUUAUUGAGUAAGAAAAAAUAAUACACAAUUUAAUAAUACUAAAAAAAAAAACCAUUCUGGGGACUUCCGGUAUGCCGCCGAAAUGAGCAGCUGCAUAGAGCAAGUGCUCCUCCACAGUUCAGCUUUAAUCCCCUGAUUAGUAUGUAAUAUCAUAUUGUAAGUGCAACUAACAUAACAUGGACAGAACAACUCGCAUUUGAUUUAUAACAUCUGCCAUUAUAGGAGAGGCAGGAAGCCCUUAUGUAUAGCAGAUUACAGACCUAACUCGAAUUAUAUGCUGAAUCGGGGAGUAAAGGGAUGUAUAAAAUAAACUUUUGUGCACUACGUUACUGGUAAAGUUACCCAAGUAUCUGCUUUGCACAGUAGAGGGGACCUUUAUAGACUAAAGGUAUUCCCCUCUUAUCUUAUUAAUUGAUUAAACUUCAAAUUUGGUGGUCACUUUUAUUUGGAAUUUCACAAUGUUCCAUAUGUGUGUGUUUAGUGUUCAAAGUACUGUUUAAAUGUGGUGUGGUCACCUCAGAUAUUUUUACAGUUUUUCUCAAUUGUCGAAUUACUAUUAAACUUCAUCAAACUAUAUGAAUUACUAUAUGAACAUUAGGUCAUUUGUUCACAUGACUAUAGUCAUUUAUAAUUGCUUUGACACAAAAUGCAUUGAGUAAGCCUUGCAGAUCAAAAUAGUUUGCAUUCAUUUGCUAUUGAAUGAUAUUACUCAAAUGCCAUUAUACACAUGUUCAUUGUGUAAAUCCCUACAUGCUAAAUAGAACAAUCAACAAUCACAAUAACCUGUCACACAUAUAUUAGAUACAUAAUAGUUAUGUGGUAUUGUUGUAAUAGUUGUCAGAUGGAUAGACUUAGGCUAGAUGGGGAACAAUUCAAUUUCCUCACAAUUUAGAGCAAUGUAUGUACAAGUAAGUAUUCAUCAUUGUACACUACACAGUGCUGUAAUCUCCUUGUCUUUCAGUAUUGACAAGUACAGCCUGUAUAUGCAGAAUAUUUUACACAAUGUGGGAUAUGUGUAACUGUGUGAUUUACAAUAUCUACUGUAAAUUAUUUCCUAAAUUGCUAAAUUGCUUUACUAUUUUUUAUAGAGAGUGAUGGAGCUGGAGGCUGAUGAAUCACCACACAUUUUUGUGUAUGUUGAUGAGGCAGGAUUCAACUCGACCAAAGUCAGGAGAUGUGGCCGUAAUAUUAUUGGUCACCGAGCCAGUGUUGAUGUGCCAGGCCAGCAUGGAGGGAACAUUACAAUGUGUGCUGCCAUAUGUUGGAAUGGUGUACUCAGCCACAUUCCCUUCAUUGAACCCUAUAACAGACAACGUCUCCUCAAUUUCCUGGAAACUCUUUAAAGGGAUCUCAUUCCUGAGCAUGAGAGGGGGUUGGUAAGAAAUGACUUGCCAACGUAUGUUAUAGUUUGGGACAACGUAAGUUUCCAUCGUUCAAAUACAGUCAGGGAAUUGUUUGUUGCAUACCCACGAUUUUGCCCUCCCACCAUACUCCCCAUUCCUAAAUCCCAUUGAGGAGUUAUUUUCUUCAUGGAUAUGGAAGGUCUAUGAUCACCAUCCUCACGACCAGUUGUCCUUACUGGGUGCAAUGGAUGCUGGUUAUGAGGAUAUCACAGCAGAUUGUUGUAGGGGGUGGCUGCGUCAUGCCAAAAGAUUUUUCCCUCGUUGCAUUGCAAGGGAGGAUAUCAGAUGUGAUGUAGAUGAAAUGUUGUGGCCAGACAGAGAGGAGAGAUCCCCUGAGGUUGAUGAACUUCCAGCAUAUUUUUUUUUUCUUGCACAUAUUGUAGUUCCUGAAUUUUGCUGUUGUAUAUAUUUUUUUCUGUACAAGCUUUCUUUACGUACUUUCGGUUGGCUGUAAAGUGUGUACAUACAAU